AUGCUCAGCAUAGAGCAGAUACGCCAGGACACUGAGGCUGUCAGAGAGGCUCUGGCCAGGAGGGGCGAAGAAGCCCCUCUUGAAAGCAUACUGUCCCUGGACGCCCUGCGUCGAUCCCACCUCACCGAAGCCGAUGACCUCCGGGCCAAGCGCAACCAGGUCAGCAGAGAGAUAGGCCGUAUGUCGGAGAGGCCGGCCCACCUACUGGAGGAGAUGCGACAGACGGGAGACCGCAUCAAGACUCUGGAGACGCAGGUGAAGGAGGCGGAGGCGAGCCUGGAGGAGGAGUUGCUGAAGCUGCCCAACCUGCCUCUCCCGGACGUGCCGGUGGGAGAGGACGAGUCCGGCAACCGGGUGAUACGAACGUGGGGAGAGCCGGCUGACUUCAGCUUCUCGCCACUGCCUCACUGGGACCUGGGGGAGAGUCUUGGAAUCAUAGACCUGGCCAGGGGCGCGAAGGUAUCGGGCUCCCGCUUCUUCACCCUGACGGGCCAGGGAGCCAAGCUGCAACGCGCCCUCAUCUCCUGGAUGCUGGACCUGCACGUCCAGGAGCACGGCUUCAACGAGGUGUACGUGCCCUAUAUGGUGCGCCGAGAGGUGAUGCAGGGAAGCGGCAACCUACCCAAGUUCGAGGACAACCUGUACCACGACGAGGAGGACGACCUGUGGCUCAUACCCACGGCUGAGGUGCCCCUUACCGGCCUCCACCGCGACGAGAUCCUGGAGCCCGACGCACUUCCCAUGUACUACGUGGCCCACUCACCGUCCUUCCGCCGUGAGAAGGCGGCUGCUGGCAAGGACACCAGGGGCAUCAAGCGCGUCCACCAGUUCGACAAGGUGGAGCUAUACAAGCUGGUUACUCCCGAAACUUCCGGCGAGGAGCUGGAGAAGCUGGUCAGGUCGGCCGAGGAGGUGUGCAGACGUCUGAACAUCCCCUACAGAGUCCUGGAGUUGUGCACUGGCGACAUCGGCUUUCAGUCAGCAAAGUCCUUCGAUCUGGAGAUGUGGGCCCCGGGAUGCGGCGAGUGGCUGGAGGUCAGCUCCUGCUCCAACUGCACCGACUUCCAGGCCAGACGCGCCAAUAUUCGUUUCAGGCCCCAGGCGGGCGCAAGACCACAGUAUGUCCACACACUCAACGGCUCGGGUCUGGCUCUGCCCAGGGUCCUCAUAGCCAUUAUGGAGAACUAUCAGCAGCCGGACGGCUCCAUACGUGUACCGGACGUGCUGCAGAGCUAUGUGGGCAGGGAGUCGAUAGACCCCUAG